UAAGUAGUGCAAACAUUACAAGUUACCGUACGUUGGCCUACGUGGAUCUCGAAAAACUUCACUCUGUUCGUUGUAUGAGGAACCUAGUAUUUAUGCAUCGAAUAAGAUGGUGAGGUUAGGACAUGUUUACUUGUCAGAUUCUUUGAUACAAAGAAUGAAACCCAAAGACAGCUUAAAUAUAACAGGAAUGUGAACGUAAAAAGUGAAUAAUUCUAAGGCGAAAUCAUGUUUUUCCCUAUUGGUUGGCCGCGGGUUUUAAAUACGACAGAACCAGAAAAGAUAACAGCAGUUGUUUGCAAUAGGGAUAAAAUACUUUUUGCAGUGUUAACCGCGGAUGCUCUUACCAUCUGGUAUUGUAAGCCUUGUGUACCCAUUGUAUUUAUCAGACGAACUCCAGAUUCUUUAAGGAAACAUGGUAACAAUAUUCUGGUUCAAUGGAGGCCAGAUUCCAGUAUGGUGGUUAUUGCAACUUCGGACAGUUAUUUAUUAUUUUAUCGUGUGCAAGAUACUAGUCCAGAAGGAAGAGGCCUCUAUGUACAAAGGGAUUCUCCUGUAACCAGCUUAAAAAGAGAUAGUGCUGAACUUUUCAUCAAAGAAGUUAUUCCUUCUUUAGUUCUGACAUUUGAGAAAUCAGCAUGGAUAGAUGGUGGAAUUAGUUCUUUAGUUUGCAUACGUGAUGAGCUUAUGGUUGCUACAAAAACCAGUCAUGUAGUACGUCAUAAAUGGGAUGGUACAGUAAAUCGAGAUUAUUCUCUUGAUUUAAGGAGAAUACCAUUUAGCGUAGAUCAACAAAUAUCUACUGUAGCUGUGCCACUUACUGAGAACAAUGUGUAUGUUACCGAUAUUGAAUAUUCUCCUUUAGUUGGUGGAUUUGCAAUUGUACUCAAUACUGGCAAAGCAGCAUUUCUCACAGCACAGUCAUUAAAAUUUGAUCCUAAUCAAGUACAAGGAAUAUGGGCUAGGGAUGUUGAUGAUGCUACUUGUGCAGCUGUAAAUCAUAAAUAUCGUCUUAUAGCAAUUGGGAGACAAAAUUCUGAAGGUAUAGUGUACUAUGUUGAUGAAACAACAGGAAGUUUAGAAAUGUCACAUACAUUAAAUUUAUCCUCAAAAGAUUAUCCAGGAAGACCAGGUCGUGUUAGAUGUUUAAGAUGGACUCCUGAUAGCUGUGCCAUUGCAUUGGCUUGGGAAGGUGGUGGCCUAGCAAUAUGGAGUACAUUUGGUGCUCUUUUACUUUGUAGUUUAAAGUGGGAUUAUGGUCUAAGAGUAGAUUUGACACAUGAUAAUCCUUUACAUAUUCAUACAAUGGAAUGGUCUGCUGAAGGUUAUCAGCUUUGGAUGCUGAGAGAAUCUCCAAGUCCUUUUUUGACUGAAGAAAAUGGAAAUGAAGAAGAUAAUUUUAAGUGUUCUUUGAUACAAUUAGAUUUUGUAAAAAGUCCUCUUACUAUUAAUCCUUGCAUGGGUCAUCAUGGACAUUUGUAUUUACAAGGUGAAGAUAGAUUAUAUUUAAAUUUGGGUGGUGGAGUUUCUACAAAUACUUCAACUUUUCACAUUGGUAAUGAAAUUCCUAAUGAUUCCGUAACACAGACGCUUGCAGGCUGUAAGCAAUGGCUAGUUGUUCCUAUUCCUACUGCAUACAGUGGUGCCAAUUGGCCAAUAAGGUAUACUGCUAUUGAUAAUGAAGGUAUGAGUAUAGCUGUAGCAGGACGUACAGGAUUAGCUCACUAUUCUCUACCUUCACGUAAAUGGAAACUUUUUGGUAAUGAAACUCAAGAGCGAGAUUUUAUUGUAACUGGAGGAUUAUUAUGGCAUCGUGGUUUUUUAAUAGCUAGUAGUUAUUCAAUAUUAGAUGAUAAAGAUGAAGUUAGAAUAUAUCCACGUGAUACACGUUUGGAUAAUAAUUAUGUUAAAACUGUUAGAAUGCCAUCACAGGUAUUAUUGCUCAAUACAUUAAAAGACAGACUCUUAACAUUUUGUGCUAAUGCACAAAUUAGUAUUUAUGAUAUGGUAAUAGAAAGCAAUAAUGAUGCAGGGAGUAUAGAAUUAACGAGAUUACAAACUGUAGAUAUCAGUGGACUUUGUGUUCAUCCUGCUUGCGUUGUAAGCGCUACUUUAACCACUAUUCGUGCAGAAACAGCUGGGAGUCAUCCACAUCCUGAAAGUCUUUUAUUGAACGUAUCUGGACGUCUCCUUAUGGUUCAACGAGAACAUUGUACUGAUAACUCAGAAGUUCUCUUUACGUGUACUGCUCCAACAGUAUUAGCUUCUUAUGUAGAAAAUGUUUGGGUACCGUGGAGAUCAAGAAGAGAUAAGCCUCAUUUAACAGAAGCUCUAUGGUUAUUUUGCGGUGCUCACGGCAUGCGCGUUUGGCUUCCUUUGUUCCCAAGAAACCAUCAAGAAAAGACACAUACUUUUAUGAGCAAGAGGAUAAUGUUACCUUUUCAUUUACGUAUUUAUCCUUUGGCUAUAUUAUUCGAAGAUGCUAUUUUAUUGGGAGCAGAAAAUGAUACAGUACUUUUUAGUUCAGAUACUAAUUCUCCAUUUUCAUUGCCAUUCAGUUUAUUAGAACUUACAAGUCAAGUUUAUCUUCAUCAAAUAUUACGACAACUUAUUCACCGUAAUUUGGGAUAUCAUGCCUGGGAAAUUGCUCGUUCGUGCUCUGCACUGCCAUAUUUUCCACAUUCGUUAGAACUUUUACUUCAUGAGGUACUAGAAGAAGAAGCAACUAGUAAAGAACCAAUUCCAGAUGCUCAACUACCUUCUGUGGUGGAAUUCAUCCGUGAAUUUCCAGGAGUAUGGGCUAGAGCAGUUGUACAAUGCGCUAGAAAGACUGAAAUAGCACUAUGGCCUUAUCUAUUUUCUGUCGCUGGGCCACCGAAAAAACUGUUACAAGAUUGUUUGCAACGUCAACAACUCGAUACUGCUGCUAGUUAUUUAAUAAUUUUACAAAACCUUGAACCCUCAGCCGUUAGUCGGCAACAUGCUACUUUGUUAUUGGACGCUGCUUUAGAACAAGGAAGAUGGGAACUUUCAAAAGAUCUUGUUCGCUUUCUUAGAGCGAUUGAUCCAAAUGAUGUGGAAUCACCAAGAACAUCUUGGGGUGGGACAUCAAAAUUAGGUGGACCUCCUCAAACUCCACCACUCUCGCCUCAUGAAGAUGACUUAUCUUUAGUAUUAGGAACUAUGCAAGUUUCGAGAAGCCGAAGUUACAGUACUACAGUUACACCUAAAGUACAAUCUGAUUCAGUAGCCAAAGAUAUAGCUCCAUCUUCGAUGUUAGAAAAAACUAGAAACGUAGUUAUGAGACGAAAAAAAUCUGUACCUACAACUACAUCUAAAAUAGAAAAGGCUGACAGCAAGGAAGGUUCGGCCGAGGAAUUUUUCAUUGACGUUAUAUUACAACGUCAUGCUCGUCGACUACUGUCGGCAAAACGGCUCGCGGAUUUAGGCAGAUUUGCUGCUCGACUAGAUUUUCACUUAGUUACAUGGUUUGCCAGAGAACGCGAUAGAGCAGCAAAAAUAGAUGAUUAUGUUACAGCACUAAAAGCAAUACAUGAAGAUUUUUCAUUUGCUUAUCCAAUAUUGUCUCUUCCAACUUUACAAAAGUUUCGAAGAUCUAGCCUUACCUCUUUACGGUCCAUAAGAUCAGUCAAUCUAGAAAGUCUAGAAGAUGAACCAUUAAAUUCUAAUUUCAUUGUUGAUUUACCCGAUAGUGGUUAUACUAGUUUACCAAGCGGAAGACCACCUUAUACCACAUUAGUGUCUCCAGUUGCAAGUUUGGAAACACAAUUUCCUGCUACUGAAACUAAGUUGACUGCAAAUAUGUUACAUGAUGCUAACAGCGUUCUUAGUGAUAGUAGUACUAUUUGGAGAGAUGAUACUGAAUCAAUUGUUGGAACUGGAGUUGGAACAGUGUGUUGGGUUUCAUCAGAUCCGGUGGAACAAACGGAAAUUCAUAACGCUUCGCCUUGUGCACCGAUAAGUCGAGCAGAAGUGCAACUUAGAUAUCUUUUACAAUUAUUUUUGGAAGGUGGUUGUUUAGGUUGGGCAGCAGUAUUGGCAACUGUUUUGCGUGAUACACCUGCUAUGGCUAGAACUAUUCGAGCAGCACAUGCUCCCAUGCAAACCUUCGAUUCUGUAAUUAAUUUAAGAGACGGACUUCUUACAUUAACUAAAUGGUCUCAUUCUGAGUGUUUGGGAUAUAGACCUUUUAUAUCAGGUAUUCAAGGUCAAAUUUCUCUGUUAAACCGAUUAAUUGUAACAAAACAACAACAAGAACAAGAACAGAUACCGGAGAGUCCUUCUCCUAGUCCAGCUCCAUCUGCGAGCAUUCAACGAGGAACUUUAUCUCGGUCUCGGCCUUCNUCUAUUAGCCAUACUUCAGCAACUUCUCCUCUAGAUGAAGAACGAUCACAUGAAUUAUCUUUAAACAUUGAAGAUGUAACUUUCCGAGGUAAUUAUGGUAAUCUUAAUAAUAUGGAAAAUACUACUUCGCAAUCUACAUGUGUAAUUUCCUAA